GGAAGCGUACGCUAGAGCAAAAAUUGCAUGUGUUUAAUAAAUUUUUGUGCUUUUGUGUUGAAUUGCGUACUUAGUUCGAAGAGAUUGCUUUUAAAAGUCAAAAACAAAACAUAAAAACUUUACAUAAUGACUGAAUUUAAAUCUAUUGAAAUUUUAAAAUAUCCACGUCCAGGAGAGAAGGUUACUGAAGAUAAUUUACACUGGAAAAAAUUAGGAUUUCCUUAUGCUUUUAAAGAAUAUGGAGCGAUAGAUUACGUUGAUUUCAACCCAAAAUUACCAUCUAGUGUUGCAAUUUCAUGUUCAUCCAAGGUUCAGUUAUAUAAUACGACAAAUAAUGAGCCUCAGUCAACAUUUUCAAGAUUUAAAAAGACAGCUUAUGGUGGAAAUUUUCGCAGGGAUGGAAAACUGCUCGUUGCUGGAAGUGAAGAUGGAUUUUUAAGACUAUUUCAAGUAGAAACUAGCCGACUAUUGAGGAUGUUUAAAGGGCAUAAAGCUCCUACUCAUCGAUGCAGUUUUACCAUUGAUGGUGUUCAUCUUGUAAGCUUCUCAGAUGAUAAAACUGUUGCUUUAUGGGAUAUUCCAACAGAAACAAAAAUAAAAAGCUUUGAAGAACACAAGGACUAUAUUAGAGCUGGUACAGUCAGUCAACUAUCUCAAGAUUUAUUCAUUUCGGGUUCUUAUGACCACACCGUUAAAGUAUAUGACGCACGUGCAGGUGUUUGUACUUUGUCAGUUGAUCACGGUGCUCCUGUUGAAUCAGUUCUUAUGUUUUCUGCAGGUGGAUUAUUUGUAUCAGCUGGUGGUACAAGUGUUAAUGUCUGGGAUCCAGUUGCUGGAAGAAAAGUUACUGAAAUUGUUCAACAUCAUAAAACAAUUACAUCUCUUUGUUUUAACAGUGAUGGAAAACGUCUUUUAUCUGGUUCUUUAGAUAGGCAUGUGAAGAUUUAUGAUGUCACUUCAUAUGAAGUAGUUCACACACUUGAUUAUCCAUCUCCCAUUUUGAGUAUUGCAGUUUCUCCAGAAGAGGACAAAGUAGUUGCCAUUGGCAUGGCUGAUGGUCUGUUCUCUUUAAGGCAUAGAAAAGCAGAUAAAGAGCCUGUAGUGAAGAAGCCUACCUUGCAUCAUAAAGUUAUUCGAAGUGCUGAUUUUAAACCUGCAGAUGGAGAUAUAGUUAUUCCAAAUGAAGUAAAAGCAAUUUUGAAAAAAUAUGAAAAUCGUUUAAGGAAAUUUGAAGCAUCUAAAGCCCUUGAUAUAGUACUUAAGGAUCGGAUACAGAAGCAAAACCCAGAAGUAACAGUUGGUGUUAUGAAAGAAUUGUUAAUACGAGGAUCUCUAAAAGCAGCAAUGGCUGAAAGAGAGGGUGAAUCUCUUCAACAAUUGAUGAAGUUUGUUAACAAAUAUUUCAGAGACGUAAGAUUCCAGACAUUUCUCAUUGAUGUAUCAAUGAUGUUAAUGGACAUCUAUGGUCCAAAGAUGUGUGACCCAGAAGUCAAUUUACAAUUCCAGUACAUGUUGGACGCAAUGAACAAUGAAUGUGAUUACUUAAAUGAAUUGAUGGAAGCCGGAGGUGUAAUUGAAGCCAUUCUUGCUUGCACGUCUAAGACAGACACCAUCAAGGACGUGAUGCUACCGAGAGAUAUAUCAAACCUUUCUAUUACGCCCAUCUCAAGUUCUUGCGAUUCAUAACAUCUAAUGUAGAGACUCAUCCUAUUCUGUAUAUUUUGUAUGAAAAAAAAAAUUACAAUAAAUUAUUUUUAGUACUCUU